GGAGGCGUAAAUAAUAUCCGUAUGUGUUGUGAUGAGGGCUGCUUCAUUUCCGCAAGUGGCUCGUGGAAAACUUGUGAUAUUCCGCCACUGCCGAAGGCCGUAUGCGUCAAUUGUAACUUGUUGCAUGAAGAAAUUUUUGUUGUGUAUGAUCCCCGAGGGGUGUAUCCCAGUCCCCCACUCCUUUAGGCCGAAGGCGAGUUCGGGCUGAAGGAGUUUAAUGUUUGUGCUGAGGAGUUCCCCGAGGGGUUCCAAUGGCUGGGUAAUGCAGCACUGGUAAGCCGGAGGCUCAUGUCGGUGAUGACCCAAUUCAUGAGGGCGGUACUGAUAACCCGAAGGUUAUAACGCGUGAUAGCCGGAGGCAUUCAUUUUAUCGGACCUGAUGAUGAUUGAUCGCCGAGGGCUGUUGUUUGUCGUGGCCGGAAGUUGUGAGGCGGGGAGCGCAUCAAGUUUCCCAAAUGGAGCCGUUGGAAUAGAGCCGUUGGAGGGGGGAGCCACGUGGCGCGCUCUAGAUGGCCGAAAGUGGGCGGGCGCCACUCAUUGGUUGAACCGGCGGCCUGUAAUGAUGGGCUUUCGAGUCGAGGCCCAGUUUUCGAGGCCCAGUUGCCUAUAAAUACUCCAAAGCUCUGUGCCAUUUUCCUUGUGCGUUUCAUUGUUCUAGCGAAGCUCUGGCCAAUUUUCUAGAGAGAUAAGCAAUCACCUUCGAUCGAAUUCGAUUCCUUGAGGUCAGUUCUUCCUUGUUCUCCGCUUUCCUAGCAUACUUUGCUUUUCUCCCUUAGAUCUUGUGUUAGAGGUCUUAGGAGCCCUCGGCUAGAACAUUUAGGUAGCCUCUCUCUACCAAACUCCUAUCCUUCCUCCGGAAUUAUGUCCUCACAAAGCGAUUCCCAAGAUAUCUCGAGGGAGCCGUCGGUGCAGAAGGAGAGCUACUCGGAUGUGGAGUCCUCGAGUGAGCAGCCGUCGAUGGACAACGAUCUUGCCGUGGCUGAGGAGGUACAGAGUAGCCUCCGGGUGGAGAUGGAAGCGGAGGAUUUCGAGCAGAUAGUGGAAGACGAGGAGAUGGCCCUCGCUCUUCAAGUGGCUGAAGAGGAAGAGGAGAAAGAGCGGCAGGAGGUAACGGUGGCCGCGCUGCCUUCCCGCGGUGCUGGCGGAGCGAGUACUUCUCGGGCCCUGGAUGUGGAACCUAUCAGCGUGGCCCACGGGAAGAGGAAGACAAAGACGAAGGCUGCUCCGAAGAAGAAGAAGGAGGCGGCGGUUGAUGUGGGAAAACCUGUCGACAUCCCCGAGGGCUAUUCUUAUUUGAAUGUCGCAGCCCUGUCUCUGAAAUCGAGGGCCACCCAAUCGGAGUAUCUGACGGCCCAGUUCCUUGUCGGCCCCGAGGGGCGUGUUGUAGAGCCGAAGCCUGAUGAUGUGCUUUCCCAGGCUCCCGAAGGCUGUUUUGCGGUCCAUCUGCUAUCCUUGGACCUGGGGCUCCGAUUCCCCCUUCAUCCAUUCUUGGUAGAGUAUCUGAGGUUCGUGAAGCUGGCCCCUUGCCAACUCACUCCCAACAGCCACUCAUAUAUUGCUGGCUUCCUAUCCCUUUGCCGUUCUCGAGAGAUCGACCCAUCGUUGGACCUGUUCUUUAUGUGCUUCAACCUCUGCCGAGGGGGGCAUACCCAUGCUGAGGGCUUUGCCAACCUGCAGCAGGUCCCGGAGUGGAGGUUGUUCUCCGAGGUCCCGUCCUCGCACAAGGGGUGGAAGGACAAAUUCUGCUAUGUCCGGAUGGCCGUGAACCCCUUCGCGGAGCCCCUCAAAGAUCGUUUCCGGAGGCAUUUAAAAGUGGGGAGCGCUGCCCUUCAAAAAGCCGGGAAGAAAUUGUCAGCCAAGCCCGAGGGGUCGGACAAGCAGAUUACUAUCAAGAGUGCCACCCUCCCGGAUGAGCUGUAUAAAUUGGGCUUCAAGCGCUACCGGCGUUUUGGGGAAAAAGACGAGAACUACCCCUUGAUUGACAUGGUCCCUCAGAGCGCCGGAGGUUGUUUGCCGAGGGCUCGUUUUUCCUUUUUUGUACUUAGCGCAUUUCCUUGUCAUGCAGUGAAUCUAAUUUAUGUGUAUUUUGCAGGACCCGCCAUGGAUUUAAAGGCAAUCACCAUGCUGAGGAACAAGCUCGAGAAGGAGCAGAAGAAGAAAGAGGGGAAGCCCUCUACCCAGAAGCCUGUCGACGAGUUCUUUCCGAAGGCUGAUACUAUCAAAGCCCCAGUGGACGAGGGGUCUUCUAAGAAGGCGUCCGCUGCUGCCGAAGAUGUCGUCGGCUCUGACGCCGGAGGUUCCGCUGCCGAGGGGCAGAAAAAGAGAAGAACCGGGAAGGGCGCUGCGCUUCCGGAGAAGAGGCAGAAGAAGGGGGGCGCCGAGAAAGUGGGGGCCCCCCUUGUGAUCAUUGAUGAGCAGGCCCCGGUGGUCACCCCUCCUCGCUCUCCCCCAGCUCAUAUUGACGAGGACCUUCGGGAAAAGGAAGUCAUCCAUUUCCCCAUCCAGAAGGGGACAGCGGUAAUGCACUCCACCCUCAACCCCAUUGAAUUUAUGAGGGGGGUGAUGUCACCGAAGGAUAGACUGGUGCUAUCUCGCCUCGAGGAUGACGUCCUCGACUAUAAGAUAGCCAGCUACAGCACCAUGGCGGCCCUCGGAUUCAGCGAACAAGCCCGAAGGGUGGAGGCUUUAAGAAUCGCGAAAGGCCAGGCUGAUGAGGGCAUGAAGAAGCUGGCCGAAGAGCUUACUGAGGCCAAGAAGCAGUUGGCUGAUGCUAGGGACACCCUCCGGCUUGAAAGGGAGGGCGCGGCAAAAAAGCUUGAGGAUGCCAAGGCCGAGGCCAAAUCUGAUGCGGAGAAGGUUGCAGCUGAGGCUGCUAAGAAGGCGGCCGAGGAGGCCGAGAAUGCUAAAGCCGAGGCUGUCUCUAAGGCCAGAGAAGAUGCCGUCGCCUCCUUUGUCUCCGAAGGGUGGAGAGCAGACGACCAGAAGGCAUGGAGGUCUGCGGUCGUGGGGGCGGAAGUCGACGAGUGGGUCAAAGGCCCCGGCGCUGAAUGGCUGGCGCUGAAGGGCAACGAAUAUUGGCAAGGGGGGGAGUUCUUCACCCAACGCCUGAUCUACCGAAAGCUUGCCGCGCAUCAAGGGGUCGACUUGAAGGACUUCAAACCCGACGCAUUCGGCUUGCCCCCGCUCCAGCCGGAUGUCAGAGUUCCCCUGCCCGAAGGCAUGGAGAGGCCCAUCCUUCGUGACUCCUUGCUGUUGCAGGAAUGCGGAGCGGACGACGAAGAGGCUGGUGAUGGCGCCACUUCCAAGAUUGCCGAGGAAGGGGCCAAAACGUCUGAUACUUAGAAUAAUUUUUCUUGUAAUAGUCUAGCAGUUUCCGGCCUCGGCCGUGCGUUGUAAAAAUAUUCUCCAUACUCUCGAAUCUUUUGAUGAUGAAUGUUCCGCCUUCGGGAUGAAUGUAUGUCCAUGUUUUGUUUCCUUCAGCUUCAUUCCCUUUAUAUACUUCUCUUUUGUGCAUGAGUGUAUGUUUCUUUCCUUUCUCCAUAUGUUUGUUCGAGGGCCAAGGUUUAG